CAUUGGCUACAGGCGCCCCCCCAACACCAGAGCUCCCCGCACCCCACCCCACCCCCGGCUGCCCCCAUCAGUCUGUCCUGCUUCCAGCUGCUGCGGCCGCGCCGUCGCCGCCUCAGCAUCCAGCAGCGCCCUGCUCCGGCCCAGCAUGGCAACCCCGACUCAGACCCCCACCAACGUUCCCGAGGAACCUGACCCAUUUUAUUAUGAUUAUGCCACAGUGCAGACAGUGGGCAUGACCCUGGCCACCAUCAUGUUCCUGGUGGGCAUCAUCAUCAUCCUCAGCAAGAAGGUGAAGUGCCGGAAGGCAGACUCCAGGUCUGAGAGCCCAACCUGCAAAUCCUGUAAGUCGGAGCUGCCCUCUUCAGCCCCUGGCGGCGGCGGCGUUUAAGACCAGCCCUGGGCUCUCACUGCUGCCCCAGCCCGAGCGCGCAGCCAGAGGACCACCAGGUGAAGGCCGUGCGGACCCCGGCCUUGCGCCGGGGAGCGCUCCCCUACGAGCCGCCCCGCCCUCCCCGAGGCUGGAGCCGUUGCACCUCCACUGUCCCUCCCCAGGCCUCGGCAGUGAUGACUUCCCAAAAGAGCCCGCGUGCACCCCAGACCCUGGGACUCAAGCCUCCACCCUCCAUCCCGGUGCGUCCCCCCCAUCCCAGUACCCGAGCACAGCUCCCCUGCAGCUCCCUGCCCGUCCCUCAAGGUUCCGUCCCUUGGCCCACCUCGGUGUCCACGUCUUGAGCUAAAUAAAUGUGCAUUU